AUGAGGGCGCUGCUGGUCGUGUCUGCUCUGCUGGGCUGCCGGGGUCAGCGCGCCUGCCCGCCAGUUGUACAGGAAGAAGGGCACACGGAGGCUGGAGCUAGCGCAGUGACGGUGGGGUUCCUCGCCAUGUACUCGCACGCGCCCGUGGAGCUGGGGGCCAUGCCCCUGGCAGUGAGCGCAGUCAACCAGGACCCUCGCCUGCUGCCACACCACAGACUGCACUACCUGCCAGCAGACAUCGGGGGCGGUCCGGGGCGCAGUCCGGGGCAAGUGCUUGCCCUCCAGGUCAUGACCCAGAUGAGGGACAACGGCACCGUCGCCUUCAUCGGCCCCGGCGACACAUGCCGCUCCGAGGCGCUGGUGGCCGCUGCCUGGAACCUUCCCAUGAUCUCAUACAAAUGCGCAGACACCCGGGUGUCCGACAAGGAGGUGUACUUCACCUUCGCGCGCACCCUGCCGCCGUCCAGCAAGGUGUCCAAGUCCGUGGUGGCCCUGCUGCGCGCCUUCAGCUGGGACCAGUUCGUGCUGGUGGCCAGCCCGCGCUCCGGCUGGGUGGCCCAGGUGCGGGAUGCCAUCAAGGCGCUCUGUCCGGAGAACCAGCUGACCGUGACUGCGGAACACGACCUGAGCGAGUCCUACCUGCACACCAGCCCCUUCCUGGAGCAGCUGGACCACAUCGUGGCUGACACGUACCGCUCCACCAGAGUGUACUUGUUCCUGGGCGAGCACUAUGCGCUGGUGGACUUCGUGGACCGCCUGCAGCAGCGGCGGCUGCUGGACACGGGGGAGUACGUGGUGGUGUCCGUGGACGACCUGGUGUACGACCCGGGCCGCCGCCUCGCCGUCGUCUUCAGGGAGUACCUGGACCCGCAUCUCAGCCAGGACUCCAGCCACAGGAGGAUGCUCGCCUUCCGCUCAGUGCUGAAGCUCACGCCCUCUUCCCCUCGCAACCCGGCCUACAAGCAGCUGAGUGAGCAGAUCAGGAAGCACGCAGCUCAGCCUCCCUUCUGCGUGCCCUUCCACAGGACGGUGUUUGACAGCAUCACGGUGCCGGUGGGAGCAGCACAUCUGUACGACGCGGUGAUGGUGUACGCGCGGGCGCUCACCGAGGUGCUGCAAGAUGGCGGAGAUGCCAGGAACGGCACCGCCAUCCUCCAGAGGAUCUGUAACCGCUCCUACCGCUCCGUGCAAGGACACGACGUUUUCAUCGACGCGAACGGAGACGCGGAGGGCAACUACACGGUUGUGGCCAUGCUGGAUGAUGCCGAGGCCAACACCAGUCUGCCCAUGAGCAUGCAGCCGGUCGGCUACUUCCGGUACAAUCACGUGGGCUCCGACGACCUGCCGGUGAGUGAGUUCCGCUACUUGGACGAGCAGCGGCCGUUCCAGUGGGCUAGAGGGCGUCAGCCCAGGGCGGAGCCACGCUGUGGUUUCCGUGGCGAGAAGUGCGUCUACCGCGCGGACUGGCGGGUGGUGGCACUGCUGGGCGUCCUGUUCAGCGCCGUGGCGGCAGCUGCCGUGCUCGUCUACAAGCACUACCGCUACGAGCAGAAGCUGGCCUGCCUGCUGUGGAAGGUGGACAUGAAGGACGUGACCUUCAUCCCCACUGAGGCGGUCGACUCGUGCGGCGUUCAAAGGAGCAUGGUGCAGGUGUGUCGCAGCAGCAUGCUGCAGGCCUCGGGGGCAGGCGACCAGGCCGACAGCGUGCCCAGGAGGGCCUACACCCGCAUAUGCCUCUACAAGGGCGCCAUCGUGGCCUUCAAGCCCGUCCACAAGCGCCACGUGGACAUCACGCGAGGCAUCCGCUUGGAGCUGAAGCAGAUACGUGAGGCGCGCCAUGAGAACCUGGUGAGCUUCGUGGGCGCGUGCGUGGACCCGGGCAAGGUGUGUGUGCUGACGGCCUACUGCGCCAGGGGCAGCUUGGAGGACGUGCUGGCUAACCGCGAUCUGCACCUGGACGCCAUGUUUGUGUCGUCCCUCGUCGCUGACAUACUCAAGGGAAUGAUAUACAUCCAUGACAGUGACAUCAUUUCCCACGGGAAUCUGAGGUCGAGCAAUUGCCUCGUGGAUAGUCGGUGGAUACUGCAAAUAACUGAUUUCGGUUUGCAUGAGUUCAAAGCCGGGCAGGAGGAGCCAGACUGGCAGCAGAAGCAGCAGGCGCGGCUGCUAUCGCGUGCACCAGAACUGCUUCGCUCCCCCUACUCACCGGCUCGUGGCUCUCAGAAGGGCGACGUGUACUCGUUUGCCUUCGUACUGUACGAGCUGGUGGGCCGCGCUGGGCCCUGGGGCGCCAAUGCACUGCCCCCUGCAGAGACGGUGUCCCGGGUGCGGGCCGGCGGGGGGCGACCCUGGAGACCGCCCCUGGACCAGCUGGACGCGGCCCCAUACAUCUCCCGGUGCGUGCGCGCCUGCUGGCACGAGGACCCCGACCUGCGGCCAGACUUCCGCCUGGCACGCGUCAUGCUCAGCGAGAUGCAGCACGGCCUAAAGCCAAACAUUUUCGACAACAUGCUUGCCAUCAUGGAAAAGUAUGCCUACAACUUGGAAGGCAUAGUCCAGGAGAGGACGAACCAGCUAAUGGACGAGAAGAAGAAGUCUGAAGCACUGCUGCAUCGCAUGCUUCCGAAGAGCGUGGCCGAUGCCCUGAAGAGGGGGGAGCCGGUGGAGGCAGAGAGCUUCGACUGCGUCACCAUCUACUUCAGCGACAUCGUGGGCUUCACCGAGUUGUCGGCCCUCAGCACGCCCCUGCAGGUGGUGGAGCUGCUAAACGACCUGUACACAUGCUGUGACUCCAUCAUCUCGCACUACGACGUGUACAAGGUAGAGACCAUCGGGGACGCCUACAUGGUGGCCAGUGGUCUGCCAGAGCGCAAUGGGGACAGACAUGCCGGCGAGGUGGCGAGCAUGGCGCUCCACCUGCUGUCCGCCGCCGCCAGCUUCCACAUCCGACACCGUCCCGGCGAGCAGCUGCGCCUGCGUAUCGGCAUACACUCUGGCCAGUGCGUGGCGGGCGUGGUGGGGUUGAGGAUGCCCCGCUACUGCCUGUUCGGGGACACAGUCAACACCGCCUCGCGCAUGGAGAGCUCCGGACAAGCGCUCAAGAUACACAUCUCGCAGGCGACCGCGCGGCUGCUGGACCGCCUGGGCGGCUACGUCUUCGAGGAGAGGGGUCUCGUCGCGAUCAAGGGUAAGGGAGAGAUGCUCACGUACUGGCUGAUCAGCGAGGACCCGGCACAUCGCAUGGAGCGUAUCCGUGAUGACUUGCUGGGAGCUACUCUGGCCACAUUCUGCUCCGACAGGCCGAGCGGGACUCAGACGCCAGACCUGCUGCGGGGUCCGGCGGGCAGCGAGGUCGGCCUGUCCUCGGGCCAGCUGGGCCAGCUGUCCCAGCUGUCCCAGCUGCACCUGCGCGCCGUGCAGGCGUGCGCCGGCCAGCGCCCCCAGGUGUGA